GACGAAUCGGCUUGAGCGUCGUAUCGUGCGUGUAUUUUUCGAUGUGAUCGUGUCGUGCAAAUGGCGAUUGUAGUGUUUUGUGAGGUGUUACCUCGAAAUUAAUUACGCCAUACCGUUAAUACAGCGUUCGGCGAGCAAGAGAGUGCGAUAAGACAAAUUGGUGCCGCGAUUGCGGAUCGUUUGUAAUCAUGGUGAAACUGCUGAAGAAAUUCUUCGCUGGCGAUAAGGUGUUUGCGAAAGUUCGAGGUUAUCCGCCAUGGCCAGCCAAAGUUGAAAAAGUUAGUGACCCAAAUUCGAAGAAUGCUAAAUAUGGUGUUUACUUUUAUGGUACAGGAGAAACAGCUGUUUGCAAGGUUGAAGAAUUGUAUACCUAUACUGAGAACAAAGCAAAAUUUUGCAAACCUAGUCGACGAAAGUUUUUUCAUGAAGGUAUACAGCAACUUGAACAAGAACUUAAAAAUGACAGAAAUAAACCUAUGGCAGAUAUCGCUGCCAUUAAAGGUGCUGAUGCAACAGAAUUGCCAACUGCUAGUGCUACAGAUAGUGACAUGGAAUCUGGUUCCUUAAUGAUAGACGAAGGAGAGAAAAAGAAGUCGUUGAAAAGGAAAUCUCUUACAACUACCUCCAAUACUCCUGAUACUCCAGAAGUAAAAAAGAAACGUGGUAGAGGGAAAGCCACAAGUGAUGCAUCAAAACAGGAAGCUGCUUUAGAUUCACAAGGCGAGGAAUCGCCUAAAGAGGUAGUUAGUCGCAGUGGACGCAAGAUUAAGCCAAAACGUUUUGCAGAUUUUUCUAGUUCCGAUGAAACUGAAACCAAUAUAGAUAAAAAUGAACAUUCUGGACGAGGUCGUAAAGUGAAAAAUGAAGAUUCUAACGAGCAUCAAGUAACACCAAACAUAAUGCAUAAGAAAAGAGCUGCUAUUGAAAAGAGAAAUAAUGAAGGACCGAUACUUGAUGGAACGGUAGUAUCAAGUGGGACUUCUUCUGAUGCAUCAAAUCGUGUUCUGUUAGCUCGCACAUUUGCUGGAGAACAUGUAGGCAUUAAGCUAGAUAUGGACAGGCCGAAGUCUUUUGAAAGUAAAGAAGCUCGAACGCGAUGGGACUGGAUAGUUGCCAGAAAUGCUAUGAAACUCAAAGCACAAUUGGAAAGUGGUGAAGUUUUGCCAGAGCAGGUGAAGGAUUCUCUAGAUUUUAAUGUAGUCGUGCCAGAGGAUGAGAAACGUCUUCUAACAAAAGAUGGAGCUGUUCAUCGCAAAACAUAUAAACUGAGGUGGCUUCGUAUAGAAGCUCAACUUCUACAAUUAGAUGCUCAAAUCAAAUCAAAUCUAGGACUAGAUCGAGCAAAUACUGAUAAAUGCUUACAAGCGAUGGAUGAUAUCUUGGCUCUUUCAAUUGAUCCUUUAAUGUUGAAAAAACACCCUCAUAUUGUCGAAACAGUGAAAAGGCUGCGACGAUAUAUUGGCAAUCUAGGAGAAUGGAAACUAAGCGCAGAAGAAGGGGCUAUUUUCAAACAAAAGGCAGAACAGAUUAGACAAAAGGCUGAGCAUAUAUACAACAAGUAUAAAGCUAUGUUUACUAUACCUGAGGGUCAGUCAUUUUGGCAAUCAUUUUCAAAUCAAGUGGUCCACUUCAAAGAAUUGACAAAAAAUAUGCCUGAAGAAAAGGUGUUUUCAUUGAUGUCUGAUCCUGCUUGUUCAGAUGCAGGAAGAUCAGAAGAUUCACUUGCAGAUGAUAGUGCCAGUCAACUAGAUACAGAUGUAGUUGCUGAAGCAGAAUCUGUAACACAACAAGAAGCAGAGCAUAAACCAGAAGAGGAAUUUGAACAGGAACCAAAAGCACAGAUGGAAUCUGAUCCAAUAGCACAAGCAGAAACAGAAGUGGAGUCGGAAACAGUUACUGAAACAGAAGUAGAAGCAGAAGUGCCUACUAGAAGUGAGAGUCCCAAGAAUGAGGAGACCAAGUAACAUACAUAAAAAUUUUAUUUCGUUAAUAUAAACUUUUGCUUAUUUUUUUGUAUACCAUUAUGGUACUAAAAAGGAAAACAAAAAAACGAACAUAUAGCUGAAGUAUAUCGAGCGCAUUUAUAAAAUUAUAUUUCCAUUAUGUUGGCUUUAUGAUCCUUUGUCUAUAUUUAUAAUUGUUGUCUAAAAAUGUAUAAAUUUAAUUUCUACAAUACACUUGAAAAUAGGAACAUGAAAUUCGUUAAAAUUUAACUUUUCAUUUGGCGAGAUGUGAAUAAUAUGAUUCUUGUUAAAAUCAGAAACUCAUUAUAUUAGUAUGUGUUAAAUCAUUGACAUAUGCAGUCAUAAAAAAAAUUUAUGAAAAAAAAAAUUAAAUUCACAUAUAUCAAUAUGUUAUUUGCGAUUUUUAUUUUAAAAUUCCACAUUACUUAAUAAAAACAUGAAAUAGAAAUUAAAGUAGAAAAUAUUAUAUAUGAAUAAUAAAAUCAGUGUUAUAACAUCAGUGUUAGCAUUAUAAAAAGUAUUAAAAGGGAUUAUAAAACCAUUUUGAAGUGUAAUUCUCUGAAUGCGAUCGAUAUCGUCUUUACGCACGUGGAAAUCAAUCUCUUGAAUAAGUUGUGUUAUAUCUUUCAUGAGUUUAUGAAUAUAUAUCCACAUUGUGCGAUUGCAGUUCACCUGCAUUAUCACUUGAUACAAUAUUUGCAAUCACUUUUGAUCACAAUUAACUGGCUAAGAUCAGGCAAAUAUUCACUGUCAGAGAUUAUUCAAUAAAAGUGGCUAAUAUAAUGGAUAAGAUCAGAUCGAAAUGCAUAGUAUUUUUACUUGACGGUAAUAUAAUGCUGUCAUGUAUCGAAAUACUAGUCUUUGUAUAUUUGGGAAGUGCCAUGGAGAAAAUUUGUAAAGAGCACAUAAACACUAUUCACACAAACCUUAUUUACUUGUUUAAUUAAUACAAUUGAUGUUAGCGAUAAACGUCACAUAUUACAUAAAAAUAACGCAAUGAGCAAUAGGAAGAUAGUCUUCGCUAUUUGCAUUUUAUUUUAAUUAGAAUUUUUCGCGUUUUUAUCGUAUUUUAGACAUCUUCUUCGUUAUGUGAAAAUAACUUUUCUCAUUUUCAUUGCAUUUUAAAGAUAAAAAUAUGUUCUUUUUACACACACCUAUGUUUUUGUUAGUAUUCAUAUAUAUAAUUCGUGAUACAAUACAUUGUUCAUAUACUAUUGCUAUUUUGAUUAAAAUCAUUGCUAUUACACUAAAAUUAAUGCUCGUAUAAAGAUAUCGAAAUUGUACAAAUUAGGGAUAUAAACCAAUAGUUUUCGGACGUUAUUAUAUCUUUAUUACGAGCGACGUGGCAAUUACCGUAAACAUUUUAUGAAAUUGGUAAGUAUACAUUUAUUAAAUCUUAUUUUAUAAUUAAUGGUAUAUAUAUAUAUAUAUAUAUAUAUAUAUAUAUAUAUAUAUAUAUAAUGUAUUGUGAGAAGAAAGUAUCAAAAUUUAUUCAAAUUGCAUUUUAUGUAUCGAAAUUUUGUCAACAAUUGGAAUAAACUGCUGUAAUAGAUAUUAUACAUUUUAUUCUACAAAUUGCAAGUAAAUUUGUUUCCGUAAAAGUAUAACGAAUAUGUUAUAAUUAUAUUGAAUUUAAUAUCACACAAGUUAGAUUAAAUUAUUAUUGUACAUUUAGUAAUCACAUAGGAUAUAGUUGUAAUUUUAUAAUCGCAUAUCUCGAUAAAAGAAAAUUUGUAAAAGUAAUCUUGUUAAUAAAAUUGCAUAUCUAAAACAAUGAAGAUUUAAUAUAACGAGGUUAUUAUAUCGAAUUAUUUGUAUUAGUUAUAUUUAUCUACUUCUAUGUUCGCGGACUUCUAUGUUCUAAUAUUGUUUUAUUAUUUGUAACAUGCUCGUAACAUCAGUUUUAUAAUUUUGUUUUGAUAAUAAAUUUUUGAGAUGAGUUAUAAAUACUUAAAAGUCAAUUCUGUAAAAGCGAGAUCACAUUGCAAUGGGAAAAAUUGAUGUAAAUCCUCGAUUUGUAACGCAUAUGUGCAUAGGACUUGUACAGAUAAUAUGGAAUAGAUAAUAUACAAUCUGAGCUUA